AGCUUGAAGAAGAGAGAGAAAGAGAGAGAGAGAGAGACAAGUCCAGCUCUUUCAACUUCAAUCUGAAGAAUAAAUAUAUAAUUAUACACAAUAAAAAUUUUAUCACCAGAAAAAUCAAAAUCUCUCUCCUUUUCGUUGCUUUCGUUUCAACUGGUUCUUUGAAUUUUGAAUUGGGUGUGAAUCAAAACCGAAGCUUAAGCAUGUAAUUCGGGUAUCUGGUUGUUCUUUUAGCUAUAUCUCUCCUGUUCUUUCGGCUCCGAGAUUUGGGUUUUUUAAGCCAUGAAUCUGAGUAACGGUAUGGGAUCGAUGUCAACGGCUAGUUCAAGUGGCGCUUGGAAAUCGGCUGAUGUGGUCUCUGACCAGUUUCCUGCGGGUUUAAGAGUCCUGGUGGUUGACGAUGAUCCCACUUGCCUUAUGAUCUUGGAGAAGAUGCUUAGAACAUGUCUCUAUGAAGUUACGAAAUGUAAUCGAGCGGAGAUCGCACUUGAGCUGCUUCGAGAGAACAAAAAUGGAUUUGAUAUAGUUAUUAGUGAUGUCCACAUGCCAGACAUGGAUGGAUUCAAACUCCUGGAACGCGUUGGACUUGAGAUGGACCUGCCUGUUAUCAUGAUGUCUGCUGAUGAUGGAAAAAGUGUUGUUAUGAAGGGGGUCACUCAUGGUGCUUGUGACUACCUAAUCAAACCGGUUCGUAUAGAGGCACUGAAGAACAUAUGGCAGCAUGUAGUUCGUAAGAAAAAGAAUGAGUGGAAGGACGUGGAGCAAUCUGGAAGUGUGGAAGAAGGAGAUCGGCAGCCGAAACCAUCUGAAGAUGCAGAUUACUCGUCCUCAGCAAAUGAAGGGACUUGGAAGAACUCAAAGAGGAGGAAGGAUGAGGAAGAAGAGGCUGACGAGAGGGAUGAUUCAUCCACAUUAAAGAAGCCACGGGUUGUUUGGUCAGUUGAACUCCAUCAACAGUUUGUGGGUGCUGUUAAUCAAUUAGGCAUCGAUAAGGCUGUUCCUAAGAAAAUUCUGGAGUUGAUGAAUGUUCCUGGGCUGACCAGAGAAAAUGUUGCUAGCCAUCUUCAGAAAUAUAGGUUGUACCUUAGAAGGUUGAGUGGAGUGUCACAGCACCCGAGUAAUUUGAAUAACUCUUUCCUGAGUCCCCAAGAAGCAUCUUUUGGAGCUAUGUCGUCCCUCAAUGGGCUUGAUCUUCAGACGCUAGCCGUCACAGGUCAACUUCCUGCUCAAAGUCUUGCCACACUCCAAGCCGGACUUGGUAGGUCAACAGCAAAAUCUGGCAUGCCUAUGCCCCUUGUUGAUCAGAGGAACUUAUUCAGCUUUGAAAAUCCAAAGUUGAGGUUUGCAGAGGGGCAACAACAUCUGAGCAGUAGUAAGCCAAUGAACUUACUUCAUGGAAUUCCAACAAAUAUGGAGGCCAAGCAGCUUGCCAACUUGCACCAGUCUGCACAAUCUCUUGGGGGUGUGAAUAUGCAAGUCAAUGCCCAUGGAGUCCAGAACAGCGCUCUACUUAUGCAGAUGUCUCAACCACAGUCAAGAGGGCAGAUCCUGAAUGAAACUUCUGGAACUCAUGUUCCUAGGCUUUCAUCAUCAAUGGGGCAGCCUAUCCUAUCAAAUGGAAUUCCUAGUGGAGUUUUAGGAAGAAAUGGGAUUGCUGAUAAUGGCAGAGGGGCAGGAUAUAAUCCAGUCCAGCAGAACUCCUCAAUGUUGAACUUUCCCUUGAACAACAGUUCAGAACUGCCAGGAAACAAUUUUACUCUUGGGAGUACACCAGGAAUGUCCAGCCUCACGUCUAAAGGAGCAUUUCCAGAAGAUGUGAACUGUGAAAUAAAAAGAUCUUCUGGAUUUGGGCCAAGUUAUGGUAUUUAUAAUGAGUUACAUCAGCACAAAUCUAAUGACUGGGACUUACAGAAUGUAGGCUUGACCUUUGAUGCCUCUCAACAUACAAACACCAUGCAUGGUAGCCUUGACUCCUCAGUUUUAGUUCAUCAAGGAUUUUCUUCUAGCCAAAGGAGCGCACAGAGCAGGAAUCCAUCUACUGUUGGAAAGGCUAUGUUCUCAAUUGGAGAAGGCACUCAUCAUGUGAAUGUCCAAAAUAAUGGUCAACACCUUAACAGUCUUAUUGUUGACAAUACAGUUAGGGUUAAAGCUGAAAGGGUUCCUGAUGCAAGUUCUCAAACUAGCUUCUUUCAGGAACAAUUUGGUCAGGAGGAUCUAAUGAGUGCACUUCUCAAACAGCAGCAAGAGGGAAUUGGAGCCACCGAAAAUGAGUUUGACUUUGACGGGUAUUCCUUGGAUAAUAUUCCCGUGUAGAAUGUGCUCCCUACAAUAUUCUGUAUGCUUGCAGCUCUGGUGUAUAUAAUUGCUGCAAUAGGAGUCAUUUCUUUCGCAAUCAAAUGGUGGAUAUUCAAGUUUGUUUCUACUUCAAGAAACCAGCAGAUUAAAUGUCAGGAUGAUGGGUAAUUGAGGCGGAUCAAACAGGUCAAAAAGAAAUUUGUGAUGCAAGAUACUGCUGCAUGAAAUGCAAAGGCAUACAUGCAAAAUUUUGAGUGGCUAGAAAGAAGCAACAAUUUCUGGGGUGCUGGUGAAACUGUCCUCGGUUUUCGGCGCAUCUUGAGUAUUCUAGAGUAGGUUUUGAUACGCCUGCAGGCAUUGUAGGAGCCUUUCUAACUCUAAUAACACAUGAAGUUUGCCCUGUUAGUUAUUUUCUUUUGCCGCCUCUUCCAUUUCUCUCUCGGUCAAGGAAUCAGACUUUGAUGUACAUAAAUUCCAUUUGGUUACUCAAGACAAAAGUCGGGGGUAUUCUUUUCUGGUUUGUUUUCUUGUACUUAAAUUUGUAGAGAUUCUCAUUCA